ACGCUGGGGACGGUGGGAGCAGAUCCAUUUCCGGGUUGGCAAAAGGGGCGGCGGCGAGGAAGAGAGCUUGCCGCGGGGCGAACGGGCAGGACUGGACCAGGACACAGGUGACGGAGGAUUCGCUCCCGGAGCAGCCCCAAGGUGGCGAGGACGCCGGGGCGGCCGAGCCCGCCGCUGAGGUAAGGUUUGCUAUCGUCUACCCAGCCAUCUCCCUCUUCCUCCCACGUGCAGGGGUUACAGGUGUGCUGCAUGUCAGCUACCGUGCUUCUUAGAACUCUGGAGAGCCACUGUCCUGGAGUAAAGGAGCCAGCUGUGGUGUGUGCCUGUAAUCUCAGCACUCAGGAGGCAAAGGCAGGAGAGGUAUAUGAAUGACCUAAAGCUACAAAUAAAGACGGAGAGAGAACGGUGCCAACUGGGAGCAGGGCAAGGAUGCCAAUUCCUCCUCCUCCCCCGCCCCCACCUGGUCCUCCCCCACCUCCCACUUUUAAUCAGGCAAACACAGAGCAGCCCAAACUCAGUAGAGAUGAGCAGAGGAAUCGAGGAGCCCUCUUACAAGACAUUUGCAAAGGGACCAAACUGAAGAAGGUGACCAACAUUAAUGACCGGAGUGCUCCUGUCAUCGAGAAGCCCAAAGGGAGUGGUGGUGGCUAUGGCCCUGGAGCUGCUGCUUUGCAACCCAAGGGAGGUCUCUUUCAAGGAGGAGUGCCCAAGCUGCGACCUGUGGGAGCCAAGGAUGCUUCAGAUACUCUAGCUGCUAAGCCAGCCCUACAAGUCCCCAGUUCUCGAGCUGCUGCUCCGAGGCCUCCAGUGUCUACAGCCAGUGGGCGUCCUCAAGAUGAUACUGACAGCAGCCGAGCCUCCCUCCCAGAACUGCCUCGGACGCAGAGACCCUCUUUACCUGACCUCUCUCGUCCCAAUACCACUAGCGGUACAGGCAUGAAACACAGCUCAUCUGCUCCUCCCCCACCACCUCCAGGGCGCCGUGCCAAUGCGCCCCCUACUCCUCUGCCUGUGCACAGCAGCAAAGCUCAGGCCUACAACAGGGAGAAACCGUUGCCUCCAACACCUGGACAGAGGCUGCACCCGAGUCGAGAAGGACAUCCUGCUCCACCCCCUGUAAAACCACCUCCUUCCCCUGUGAAUAUCAGAACCGGACCAAGUGGCCAGUCUCUGGCUCCUCCCCCACCGCCUUACCGCCAGCCUCCUGGGGUCCCCAAUGGACCCUCAAGUCCCACUAAUGAAUCAGCCCCUGAGCUGCCACAAAGACACAAUUCUUUGCAUAGGAAGACACCAGGGCCAGUCAGAGGCCUUGCACCUCCUCCACCCACCUCUGCCUCCCCUUUCUUGUUGAGUAACAGGCCACCUCCCCCAGCCCGAGACCCUCCUAGUAGGGGAGCAGCUCCUCCACCCCCUGUACCCACGGUCCGAAAUGGUGCCAGGGAUGCUCCUCCUCCCCCACCACCUUAUCGAAUGCAUGGGUCAGAGCCUCCGAGCAGAGGAAAGCCCCCACCUCCACCCUCAAGGACACCAGCUGGGCCACCCCCUCCUCCACCACCACCCCUGAGGAAUGGCCAUAGAGACUCCAUCACCACUGUCCGUUCCUUCUUGGAUGAUUUUGAGUCCAAGUACUCCUUCCACCCAGUAGAGGACUUCCCUGCUCCAGAAGAGUAUAAGCAUCUUCAGAGAGUAUACCCCAGCAAAACAAACCGAGCUGCCCGUGGAGCCCCACCUCUGCCACCCGUUCUCAGGUGAAGCCUGGCUUGGUCCUGCUCCUCAGGAAAAGGAUGGACCUCCUCUUCUCAGA